CAAGCGAAGGCUCCUCCUACUCCGAGUCUCCGCCGGUCUAACCCCGCUUUUUAUUUUGAUCCAUAGUUAUUCGCGAGCUAACCCCAGACUCCUUAUCUACCCGGUCACACCGUCAUAUGACCAUGUUAUUGUCCUCCCGAGUCCCCAAUGCCCAUCCCCUCCCCCUUCUCACCGUGGUCAACAACCUUUCGCUGGUCCCGCUGACUCAUUCUCAUCACGUGACCAUCGAUCACUCGGUGUCGUCAUCGUCUACGGAGAAUUCCGGCCUCCUCGUGCAGUUGUGCACCCCUCACAAGUUACAAAUCGUCCAUAAAAAUAGUUGUCUAACGGACCACGGUCGAGAGGGCCGUAUGCAUCCGAGCGGGUGGGAUGGUGGGGUUGCUGUUUUACCGUAUGAUAGGCUGGGGUGCCGGCGCGGCUGCGAGUUUUCUGGCCUCUGGGACCCAUGAUAAUUGAUUCACAUCCCCGGG